CGAAACACCUUCACAUGCCACCACUCACGCUGGUCCAACGCGACCAGCCUUCUCUCUGCUGUGAUCCCGGACUACAAUAUUUCUAUUCCUUCUUCGCCUAGGAACACAUAUUUUGAAAAUCGUCAGGCCCCGCGCCGAAUGGCGCUUCUACCUCCCCUGUGAAAAUGCAAUACAUAAAGGGCUCCUACAGAGCCGCGACCUCUCCGGCGGCCCAGAGAACGUACCUUAGCGCAGCUCUGUUCUUCGGUGCAUCCUUAGCGCUGCUGUGUAUUGCUGCUCUAGCUUAUCCCGUCUUCUACUAUAAUUAUGUGCCUAAGAAGCUCAUCACCAUUCCGGUGCAUCUGCAGUACGACUCUGGUGUCAAUCCCUAUGGCGUCACCUUACUUUCCUCGAAUCUUAUGCUUGAGCAGGCCUACGACGUAUCCGUGGAGCUGACGGUACCACGAUCGCCUACUAACUUACAGCGGGGAAACUUCAUGGUAGCACUAUUCGCGAUAAAAUCGGUGCCGGAUAAUCCAGCUUUCACGUUCUCCUACUCCAAGGCAAUGGAAGACAUGUACACCCACGUGAGGGAGGACAACGUCGUCUUCAUGAGCCGCCGGCCUACGCUAAUACCGUACAUGGACCCGAUCGUGAGAAUGGCGUCGCGCUUCUUAUUCUUGUUCUAUCAUAUAUUAUAUCCCGACCAAGGAGAAACCACGACACUUACAGUCCCGAUGGGUGAGCUAGUCGAGUUCAAAGAUGUGCUACCGUUGAGUUUCUUGCUUGAUGUGCAAGCCGGACAGACGCUCCAGGUAUAUUCGGCUACCAUUACCCUCGUGGCCCGACUUACUGGAAUCCGAUGGGCCAUGUAUAACCACCGCAUUAUUUCGUUUGCAGUAUGCGUCACUGUCUUCUGGGUCGCUGAAAUGCUGUCGGCAGGAUUAGCAUGGCUACUUCUGAGCCUUUUCAUCUCUGGUCGAAAGCCUGCAGAGCCGGAUGAUGACGAGGAUGUUGAACUUGACGAAAAUCCUUGGACGGGCCGGCCGCCUCUACCUAAAGCUUUCUUCCGUGGUGCACUUGAAGACUCCGAGGGUGAAGAGGCUAUAGGGGUCAAGAAAGAGGAGAGUGAUGAUGAAGAUGUGAAGGUGAAGAAAGAGAGUCCAGAGAAAGAGACAUUGAUGGAUCAGCCUGCAGAUGACGAGGAAGAUGCUGAUGAUAGAUGGAGGGAGUCAGGAGUCGGAACAAGUUUUAGUCACAAGAAGGGGGGCAGUCUGCGCAGGCGUUCGUCACGAGGCAGGUCUUGAUAAGGUAAAAUGGGUGAUUGUUAAAGGUGAAUUACCUAGCUAGCUUUUAUUCCUCACUCCACAUAAUAUAGAUACCACUUAUUUUUAUUCUGAA